UUUGUCUCUUUGUUAAAUUUAAAAAUGAGAGAAAUGAAACAGAUGUUUCCAACAGAGUGGUAUGAGUUUGUUUUGACUCAGUUAGAUUUUCAUCAUUUAAGUGAGAAGCCCUCUGCUCUUCUCGAGGAGGGUAUCAGGGACAGUUCACUAAGAGACUUGUAUAUUCAAGGAUUGACGUCUAUUUAUUAUGCCUUUUUUGGUAUGGAAAACUCAUCUCCUAGUUCUGCCUGGUUGUUUCGAGCAUAUUUAGGUGGGAUUCCAUGGUCUAUUUCUUUGGAUUGGUUAACUGGAAAUCCAGAACUAUUUCAGCUUGCACUCAAAGCAUUCAGGUAUACAUUUAAGCUCAUGGUUGAUAAAGCAAGUCUGGGGCCAGUAGAAGAUUUCAAGGAGCUUCUUAAUUACCUUGACGAGUAUGACAAUGAUUGGUACAUUGGUUUGGUUUCAGAUUCUGAGUGGCAGCAGGCUGUUUUACAAGAGAAACCAUACCUCUUCUCCCUGGGCCAUGACCCAAACAUGGGCGUGUACACUGGCAGAGUACUCACCCUUCAAGAGCAACUGGUUCAGAUUGGGAAACUUAAUGCAGAAGCUGUUCGAGGUCAGUGGGCAAACCUUUCCUGGGAACUUCUGUACGCCACAAACGAUGAUGAGGAGCGCUAUAGCAUACAGGCUCACCCAGUGCUACUACGGAACCUAACGGUGCAAGCAGCAGACCCGCCUCUUGGAUAUCCAAUCUAUUCCUCUGUACCUCUCCAUGUGCCUUUGUAUUAA